AUGUCACCUGGUGGUGGGCAGACCGCUGACAGAUUUACAGUUCGGGAUCUACUCGGCUUAGCUGACAUCGGUUUCCACCCACGUUACGUUAGUGAAGCACCUCGAGAUGAUGCUGGUGUCCUUUUGGUAAUUAUAAUGUGUAUAUUAUUUUGCUUCGCCAUUCGCCAUGCCAAUGAUUUCUAUACAGGCGAUACGGUUACACUAGUAGAGGAAGGAGUAUGGAGUGGACGCUUCCGUCAUAGGGAAGACAAACGUCUUCUAUCGAACAUCGAAGCUGACUUCGACAAUAUGUACAAGAAGCUGAAGGAUCGAGCCACAAAACCACCACAAAGAGAACGUAUCAGUUAUCUGUGA